GGGCCGAGCCGGGCCAUGACGGACAGGAGGCCGUCCGGGAAGGCCGCGGAGGCCGAGGCGGAGCCGGUGCCCGCCUUCUUCGAGAAGCUGGGCUCGGGCAGCCCGAAGCCGCGGCAGAAAUUCUGCGGCAUGUUCUGCCCGGUGGAGGGCUCCGCCGACAACAAGACCAUCGACUUCGACUCGCUGUCGGGCGGGCGCGGGCCGAGCCCCGUGGUCAGCCAGCAGCGGGACGUGGCCCACCUGGCCUCGGGCUCGCAGGCGGCCCGGCCCGGGAGGAAGGUGGAGGUCCGCCGGGCCUCGGGCAAGGAGGUGCUGCAGAACCUCCGACAACAGAGCGAUCGUCUUUUGAUCAAGGGUGGUAAAAUAGUUAACGAUGACCAGUCUUUCUAUGCAGACAUUUACAUGGAAGAUGGGUUGAUAAAGCAAAUAGGAGAAAAUCUCAUUGUGCCGGGUGGCGUGAAAACGAUCGAAGCCCACGCCAGGAUGGUGGUGCCGGGUGGUAUCGACGUCCACACCCGCUUUCAGAUGCCUGACCAAGGGAUGAUCGCAGCCGAUGACUUCUUCCAAGGGACCAAGGCUGCCCUGGCUGGGGGCACCACCAUGAUAAUUGACCAUGUGGUUCCAGAGCCGGGGACCAGCCUGCUCACGGCCUUCGACCAGUGGCGAGAGUGGGCGGACGGCAAGUCGUGCUGCGACUACUCCCUGCAUGUGGACAUCACCGAGUGGCAUAAGGGCGUCCAGGAGGAGAUGGAAACCCUGGUGAAAGAUCAUGGUGUAAAUUCCUUCCUGGUGUACAUGGCCUUCAAAGACCAUUUCCAGCUAACGGAUUCUCAGAUCUACGAGGUCCUGAGUGUGAUCCGUGACAUUGGUUGCCCUGGCCCAGGUCACGCUGAGAACGGAGACAUCAUCGCUCAGGAACAGCAGAGGAUCCUGGAGCUAGGGAUCACCGGCCCCGAAGGACACGUCCUGAGCAGACCCGAAGAGGUGGAGGCUGAAGCCGUGAACCGGGCAAUUACGAUUGCCAAUCAGACCAACUGCCCACUGUACAUCACCAAAGUCAUGAGCAAAAGUGCUGCGGAAGUCAUCGCCCAGGCCAGGAAAAAGGGCACCGUGGUGUACGGGGAACCUAUCACAGCCAGCUUGGGGACCGAUGGCUCUCACUACUGGAGCAAGAACUGGGCCAAGGCGGCCGCCUUCGUCACGUCUCCCCCGCUGAGCCCGGACCCGACCACCCCGGACUUCCUCAACUCUCUGCUUUCCUGUGGAGACCUCCAGGUGACCGGCAGUGCCCACUGCACCUUCAAUACGGCCCAGAAAGCUGUAGGGAAGGACAACUUUACUCUGAUUCCUGAGGGAACCAAUGGAACGGAAGAGAGGAUGUCGGUCAUCUGGGAUAAGGCGUGCUUUAUAUUCAGAGGGAAUUGGGAUUCGUGGGGAGGGCUGCAAGAUGUGGAUCAGGCCGGAGGCCUGGGAAGGCAGGGUGGGGAGAACACCAUAGAGACAGAGUCAGAUCUGCAUCAGGGCAAAAAAAAGGUGACUGGGAAGAUGGAUGAGAACCAGUUUGUGGCCGUGACCAGCACCAACGCCGCCAAGAUCUUCAACCUGUACCCCCGUAAGGGCCGUAUCGCCGUGGGCUCAGACGCCGACCUCGUCAUCUGGGAUCCCGACAGCGUCAAGACCAUCUCGGCCAAGACGCACAACAUAUCCCUGGAGUACAACAUCUUUGAGGGCAUGGAGUGUCGGGGGUCCCCGCUGGUGGUCAUCAGCCAGGGGAAGAUCGUCCUGGAGGAUGGCAGCCUGCAUGUGACCGAAGGCAUGGGACGGUACGUCCCCCGCAAGCCCUUCCCCGACUUCGUCUACAAGCGCAUCAAAGCCAGGAGCAGGCUGGCAGAGCUGCGCGGUGUUCCCCGGGGACUUUACGACGGACCGGUCUGUGAGGUGUCCGUGACCCCCAAGACCGUCACUCCGGCCUCCUCCGCCAAGACGUCUCCGGCCAAGCAGCAGGCCCCGCCCGUCCGGAACCUGCACCAGUCCGGCUUCAGCCUGUCCGGUGCCCAGAUCGACGACAACAUCCCCCGUCGCACCACCCAGCGCAUCGUGGCCCCUCCUGGGGGCCGUGCCAACAUCACCAGCCUGGGCUAGAACCCAGGCCCAGCCUGGCCGCUCGGCCGCCCGCCCACCCACCCACGGGCAGCAGCAGCAGCAGCAGCAG